AUGACUAACGUUGUUGUUGUUGUACAAUUUGCGAAGAUUAAACCUUCUAAAGGAAAGCCUAGCAUUCAAAAUGUUUAUGGGGCUACUAAGAUUCUCUUUAAUCCUACUAUUGAUGAAGCUGGCCCUAUUCGGGAAAGGUUUUUUGAGACUAAUGAUCCUUCUGCUCAAGUUUUGACUCAGCUUCAUGAUUCUGGAAAACUGACUCCAGCUGAAGAUUUUCUUAGGCAAAAUGAAAGGAAAACCAUUGAGCAGAUCAAAGACCUGGCCGAGAAAUCUGUUUGCGUUGUCCUUGCCACUGUUAAAUUUAUCCCUGACGACAAUAGUUGGUACUACCCUGCUUGCAAGUGUAACAAAAAGGUGUACCCCGCUGAAGACAUGUACUUUUGUCAAGCAUGUGUUUGCCAUGUAGUUACUGCAAUUCCUAAGUACAAGAUUCGUCUCAGGGUUAUGGAUUCAAAGGAUUCUACUACAUUUGUUGUUUUCGACCAAGAGGCCCACAAUCUGCUGAAUAAACCAUGUGCUGAAUUGGACCCAAACGAUUCCCAGGUGCCGUCUGAGAUUCUGGAUUUGAUUGAUAAAACUUUCUUAUUCAAAGUUGAUGUUGACAACAGUUCUAAUACCUGGUUUGAGCAAUCAUAUAAGGUGAAGAGAAUCUGUUCUGAUCCUGAUGUGAUUUCCCAGUUUAAAAUUGCCAAUCCUCAGUUAGAAGGUUCCCCUCUGUACAUGCUAUUGACAACUCCUAGCUCUGGUGGUAAUGUUGAAGGAUCAUCAUCCAGUUUUGCUAAGGUUUCUUAUUGUUUUUUAACCCUCAAAUUAGGACCCCUUAAUGAGGAAUUUAAUGUUGCUGGAGAUCCUGUUGGGCUUACUUCUCCCAAUUCAUCUGUUGUUGAUCUUAGGGGUGAGCAAAACAUCCAUUUCGACCCGGACCCGCUAUACCCGACUGUAGAAAAAGUGAAACGGGCGGAUUUGGGCGGUUUAUCGGGUCCACGGGUAGAGAGAAAAGGGUUCAAACGGUUGACAGCGGGCGGGUCCGGUUUCAGAAUUAUUUACCAUCGGUACCCGAAGCAACCCGACUGA